CCUUUUGCAACGAGUUGAAAGACGGGAAGCUACCGUUCCUGGCUCACCGCUGUUCGCGUUAACUGUACGAUUAAGUCGGUCAGGAAUUUUAAAAAAUGGCUUUCAAAGACACCGGUAAAGCCCCUGUCGAGGCAGAGGUUGCUAUCCAUCGCAUCCGUAUCACCCUUACCAGCCGCAAUGUGAAGUCUCUGGAGAAGGUGUGUGCAGACCUCAUCCGUGGUGCCAAGGAGAAAAAUCUCAAGGUGAAGGGUCCAGUCCGUAUGCCCACCAAGACUCUGCGCAUCACCACCAGGAAGACCCCCUGUGGAGAGGGUUCCAAGACCUGGGAUCGCUUCCAGAUGCGGAUCCACAAGCGUCUCAUCGACCUGCACAGUCCCUCAGAGAUUGUCAAGCAGAUCACCUCAAUCAGCAUCGAGCCUGGUGUAGAGGUUGAGGUCACUAUUGCUGAUGCAUAAGCAGUUUUGUAAAUCUUGAAAUAAAACUUUGAAAC